GUUGUCAAAAUUUCAAGUUAUAUUUUUGUUCUGUUUCUGAGUGAACCAAAUCUUUUAUCUGAUUCUUCGAGAGAAAGAAAAUAUCUCUUUUGUAAUUAAAAAGCAAUGAGUUAAAUAAAUCAGUUCAAGUUAAAUAAGAUACUCUUACAAAUUGAUCGAUAAAUAUAUUCGAAAAAGAAAAAAAGUACAAGAUGGUGGGAGUUCACAAUAAGAAUGAACAACCAUUUCCUUUCUAUUUUUUUUCUGCGAUUGUUAUAGUCAUAUUUUUAUGUCACUUAUAUCUGGUACCAGUUUCUGCAGAUGAAAAAUCUGUAGACCAUCAAACCACUGUUAAUUUGUGGGCCUCACAAUUUGGUGAUGAAUUGUAUUGGUUGGCAAAAAAUAUGACCAGGGCUGAUGAAAUUAAAAAAGAAUAUAAAGAAAAUAAUGCAAAAGUAAAAAUAAAAGGUGAACUAAUUCGUACUGCUGUGGAAAAGGUGGGAAGAAUGUUUCGAAGAAAAAUCGUGGCGGUUAGGUGUAUAGCAAAUAGAGCGGAACAAUUGGCCGAAGAGUAUUUUCGAAAUUACACAAGAAAUGAUACUGGCAUUUCGGAAGAAAAUCUAAAAAUUAUGCGCAAUAAUUACACAUAUUAUUCCAGCAAAUAUUCGACAAUAAAUGGUGUUCCCUGUGUCAAUCGAUCGGAGACAAAAACCAUUUGUGGAUAUAAAACGUUCCAAAAUGCAACAUAUAAGCCCAUGAUACUCGUACCUGAUAAACAUUUUUACCAUAUAAAGGUCAACACAACAUACUCUUCAGUGCACGUACCAACAAACGUUUACGAUGGCAGCAAUGAGACGAAGAGUGUAAUAAUGUGGUCGGAUAAGUUGGAUGAAGUAUUUAAGGAUAAUUAUAGAAAUGAUCCGGCAUUAUCUUGGCAGUAUUUCGGUUCAGAGACUGGUGUUCUCAGACACUUUCCGGCAAAAUCUUGGGAAGACCGAGAUACAUCUACAAAGGUGGAUGUGUAUGAUUGUCGAAAACGUUCAUGGUAUAUUGAAACGGCCACAUGUUCCAAAGAUAUUGUAAUUCUUCUCGACCGUACUGGUUCAAUGGUGGGCUACUUAGGAUUCGUUGCAAAAUUAACCAUCAAAAGUCUGUUAGAUACAUUUUCGAAUAAUGACUUCUUCAACAUUUACACAUUUUCAAGGGAAAAUGAUACAUCCAACCCCUUGGUAAAGCCCUUGAUUAAUUGCUUCGACAAUAAACUAGUUCAAGCUACACCAGAAAAUAUUAAAGCAUUUAAUGAAAAAAUGGAAGAAAAACAUUACGAUUACAAUUAUGCAAAUGAAACCCAUAUUAAAUUUGCCAUCGAAACUGGUUUUCGUUUACUUAAAACAUAUCGAGAGACGCGAAAAUGUAAUGAAAUUCCGUGUAAUCAAGCUAUCAUGCUGGUGACGGAUAAUAUCGAAGGAAAUUUCACAGAUACUUUUGAAACUCAUAAUCGAAUCAAUUGUACUAAAAUACCUGUACGGAUAUUUACCUAUUUACUCGGUAAGGAUAAAAGCAAUGUAGCUGAAAUGAAGAGCAUCGCUAUGGCAAAUCGUGGUGGAUUUUCACAUAUUGAGAAUUUAGACGCAGUUCAAGAAAAGGUGUUCGAUUAUGUUGAAACCAUUGCUCAGCCGCUUGUAUUCCAAGGGGAAAAACAUCCACCAACAUGGACGCAUGCAUUUAAAGACGUGACGUAUCGUGACGAAGAACAAUAUGUGCCAGCAAAUGGGAAAAAAGUUGAAAGUCCACUGCCACGUCUGAUGAUCUCCGUUGGUGUGCCAGCUUAUAAAAUUAAUGCCACAAAUGAAACUCGCGAUUACUAUGGAUUAUUAGGUGUUGCAUCAACUGAUGUACCAGUCGACGAUAUUGAUAAAUUAACACUUCCUUACAAGUUGGGUGUGAACGCAUAUCCUUUCAUUGUUAGUAACAAUGGAUUUAUACUUUUACAUCCGGAUCUACGUCCAAUGGAAACAUUUAAAUUGAAGCGAGACACAGAAGAAAUUGUCGAUCCACAAUGUCCUGGGCCCAAAGAUUUAGAUAAAAAGGAAUGCGUCUACCUUAAAAAUAAUUAUAACAGUAUUGAUUUGACUGAAGUUGAGCAAAUUGAUGAGGAAAUAGAUGGAAAUAAAUCGAAUGAAGCUAAACCCAAAUAUCGACCAUCUAUCGGCCUCAUUUCAAAAGAGCUGCGUAACAUGUCAUUGAAUCAUGAGUUCAAGAAUAUGACAAAUGUCUCGAUUCGAUUUCAUUACGACAAAAUGCGCCGAGUGUCUGAAGAAAAGUACGAUUAUUUUUUUGGACCAUUGGAAUCAACUCCAUUCACGCUUGGUUUGGCAAUUCCAAGCACCUAUGGACAAACAUUAAUUACCGUUGGAUCUGAAAUUCAAAAUAAUAUCCACAGAGGCCAGAAAAUGUCAAAAUUUUUUGUUGGACAAAAUUGGAAAGUUCAUCCCGAUUGGGUCUAUUGUAAAUACCAUUACAUGGAAUAUAAAUCAUUUGACAACUCAGAAAAAGAGUUAUUGCACUUUGUGGAAUUAUUUCAAAGCACAUCGAUGAAAUGGCCAGAUCAAUAUGAGCAGUAUACAUAUGACAAAGGCAAAGACGAAGAGCAUCCAAACUGCAAAAGAGAAACAACCAAAAAAUUCAACAGUGAUUAUUACUGUAACAAAGAAUUGGUUGAGCUACUUGUAUUUGAUGCCAGAGUUACGGAACCGAGUUUUAGGGAUAAAAAAUGGAAUUUUGAAAGUGAUGAAGCCGAGAAUUUGAUCUAUGCGUAUAACGCUACCCUUCGUUUUGUAGCUACAAUGAGCGGUUUAACACGCUGGCAAUUUAUCUUGGGCGAAACUGAAGUUGAGGGCGACAAAGAAUUUGGUGAUUAUUAUACCAAAGCAAUUGAUGAAACAUGGUACCGAUCAGCUGUACUACAGCACAAGAGUGAUAACGAAAGUUUUGUGUAUGCUGUACCUCACGAUGACAAGGAUGACGUUAAAGAAGAGGGUGAUAUCAAAGUGAUGGCAUCACAUGCUAUUUUUCGAAUGGACGCUGGAAAAGAAGCACCUGCAUGCGUUGUUGGUUUCCAAUUUGAUCAACAAUCAAUGUACAAACGAUUUAAGGAAAUAACAUCACAACCAACUUGUGACAAUUGUUUACAGUGCGACAAUGAAAUCUACGAUUGUUAUGUAAUCGACAAUAAUGGAUAUAUUAUUUUGUCAAAUGACUCAGAUGAUACAGGAAGAUUUUUCGGCGAAGUCCAGGGAAAAGCAAUGAAAACUUUAGUUGAUUUAAACAUUUUCAAAGCCAUCACGGUAUAUGACUUUCAAGCGAUUUGCAAAAUAAAACUGGAGGAAAAUCCAUCUGGAUCUUUCGCCAAUAUAAUUUCUACGCCUUUACAAUUGCUAAAAAGAGCUUUGCAAUGGAUGAUGACGGAAACUAUUUUAACAAUGUCGAACUUUAAUUUAUGGGCUCACGCCCAAUCGAGUGACAAUUCAAACAAAACAACAUUCUACAAUUCAACAGAAAAACAAAACAUUACGAAGUAUUCACUAAAACCGUGUGAUAAAAAAGCUACACUCUAUGUGAUGCAACAAUUAGAUCAGAAAAAUAAUGAUAACGAUUGGCUAUAUUUCAGUCGAAUUAAACUAUCAAAUCUACUUUUGGUCGUUGUCCAACAUACAAUUUCCACAUCGGAACAAAUACGAAUUAAUGCUGAAGCAGAAGAAUUUGAAUAUGAUUUUGGAGCUCCAAAUGAUACACAUACGUUCCCAUGUCAUAAAGAGAAAAUAAAUGAAUUGCAUAGUAGGCGCUUACAAGAUUGUUUCACCGAAGAUGAUCGCGAAUAUAGAGUGGACAAUAAACCAUCAGGAAGUUGUACGCAUCAUAAGAUAAACAGCAUUUCGUUAAUAAUUAAGUGGUCAUCAGUGUUAUUGAUGACCAAAGUUCUUAUGUUCAUAUAAUGUUUGUAAAAUAUACAAAACAGGGUAUUUUUUGCUAAAAAUUUA